UGAUGUACUUGUUGCCUGAAUGUUGAUUUGGUCGAAACAUGGCGUCACCAAGCUUCUCGUUUUAGGUUAGAAUAAAAAAAUUUCAAUAAAAACCAAGAUAAUGCACUGAAUCACUGAAUAAACGAACUGAUGACGAUGUCGACUCUCCACAACGAUUCUUCUGGUACGCCCCCCGACACUCCCGACGAAAUAACCGGGACUCUUGAAGCUUUAAAACUGAAAAAACUCGAAAUACAGCGAGAAAUAGCGUAUUUAACGAGAGAGAAUGGGCAGUAUCGCUCCCGCUACGAAUCUUUGAACCAAAAAUUUAGCAGUUUGGCCGGCUUCUGGGAGCGAAGCGCGACUGUUUUAAGUCAGUUGUGUGACAGUUCGAAAAAUGCGCUUCAAACUACUAGGACUAAUUUCGACAGCCCCGUAAUUGUGAAAAGACGUUCAUUAGUGUCACGAAAUGCUCGAAAUCAAUCAACGACGCCGAAACCACCGACUAAUGGCUUUAACAGGGAGGUGGUCCAAAGGCUGGAUUUGCACAUUGAGCCCCUCAACAUGCCAGACUUGCAACAGGAAAAUGCCAAGUCUAGUGACAACUUCCAUGAAGAGGAGCAACUAGAGGACAGUGGGGCAACGGACAGGAGUUGCCUUUCGCCAAUUUUAGAAGAAGACUCGCGAUCAAARACCGUUAAGGAACUUUACAUUCAGGUGGCCCGCUUACCAAACAGUGUCGUUGAUAGUUACUCACGUGAACAUUAUUUAAACAGUCACUUAUCAGAAAGUUCACUAAAUAGUAUAGACAUUUCAACGGAUCCGACUUUUUCCUCAACUCCCCUGAAACUGGAAACGAUGAAAACCUUGGGUCUGGUCCCCAUCACACAGAUUCAGAAAAAUAAUUUUGUUAGUGUGAGACAGAAAGAAAAUAAAAAAAUGAAAAUGUCUCCUAAGAAAGAAGUGAAAGUGUCUCCUAAGAAAGAAAAGGUCACUCCAGAAUCGAAGUCAAAAAAACGUAACAUUUCCAGUCCAAAAAGUCCACUUAAAAUGAAAAAACCCAAACUGAGCCCUCAAGGAUCCAUGAGUUUGAGAAACAAGAGUGGGACGAUUCCGGCGGGAAAUUCUAGGCCACAACGCAAAGCUAAACCAAAACUACUCAAAGAAGAUAAUUUGAAAACAAAGAAACGGCGUGAUUAACGUAGAAUAAUUUUCACCAUUAGUUAGGUUUCAUUUCAUUUUGUUUCCAUUAUUGUUGCAUUUAAUUUGAUUUGUAAAUAAAACAAGUUAGGCUUCAACGURGCCUACGUGUUUGAAACAUUUGGUUCCAUUUCAGUUGUUGUUGUAAAUGUUUUCAAUUUAAGUAUGGGACUGGAUUGUAUUUAUUCAAAUAAAAUUGAAAUAGACUUUA